GGUGUCCCAUAGGAUAGCCAGCUCGCCUCUGUUCAAACAGAACGACGCAGGUAAUUUAGCCGAAUGAAGCGUAGAUUGAUGAAUCUGAACCGCCAGACCGCUCAACCAGGUCAUGGGUCGUGGCAAAGCACAGGAGAGCCUGGAAUGGGCUCUGGAAAGACGGGUCGGAGAUGGCGAGGGAAACCGAACGCGGCAGCCAUCCACGGACAGCAGGUACGCUGAGGGCGAGGCUCGGAUACUCGCAUGGCCGCCUGCAACAUCUCGCUGCGGGUUCUGUUGGAAGUUGCUGUUCUUCAGUUGCUGACUUGCUGGGCGUCUCGGCUCGCAAAUGAUGACCCCGAUGGACGGGUCAGGCACCACCACAUCCCAUCGGUACCGUUGGUUGCUGGGACGUCGUUCGGUGACGUUGCAGGCCCAACGUUCGGCUGUGACAGGGACGGUUCCACUGGACGACUCGAGGCGGCUUUCCCAUGUCCCCUCCGUCUCUUAUACGCGAAUCUCGACUCCUCAGGACCUCCGUACUUUCCAGAGUCAACAUACAGCGGCUGGCUUUGCGGGAAGCAGAGAGAAACAGACUCGAAGGUGGAUACGCGAUACCACUGAAUCAGAAUCAAUGUGGAAGCUCGAGUGCUGUCCCUUCUGGUUCAUGAUCCAAAGAAACCGGACCUCGUUGCCUAGCUCGCCUACUAGGCUCUGCCGCUCUGAAGCUCCGAGUCGGGAAUUGGUCGAGGCUUGCAUCGUGCAUCUUGCAUCUUGCAGCACCGAAGCGCACCAAGAAGGAAGGUGGUACUGACCCUUGCAGCCAACUGCCUUGGCUCCUGUCAAGCUUCGAUCUUGCCGUGUUUGGUUGCGGCUUUGGGCGCGGACUGCCCGCUCCGUUGUCCCGUGCUCG